AUGAAAUUCGGAUUGCUUCGACUGUUGAUUACGCUGGUUUGCGGAUUUGAUUGCAUCCACGCUCAAUUCUACUGCGCCGAUCAGAUCCAGCGAUGUGCCGUGGCUAUAGAAGAAUACGAAAAGGACAUUAUGCAAAUUAAGGACGCCGCCUUUCAGCAGUGCUUUAAGCGACCAGCGUGCCAUGAAGAAAGAAUGGCGUAUAAUCGAUGCUUUCGGGAAUCGUUGCGCGCUGUCCGAGCGCCUUUUAAUGGGGAUUUGGAAACGUAUGACAACUUCUCCGAGGCCGCAAAUCGGUAUCGGGCGACUGUCGAUUCCUGUUUUCUUCGCAAUCCGUUAAUGGCCAUGAUUUCAGAGCAUGACCAAUAUUAUAUUGAUGUCGAUGCCAUCUACGCAAAGAUCGUCUACUCCACGGAGAUGACGGAUAGGUUAUGGGGAUUGAGCGAAGGAACUCAAAGUGGACUGGAUUCUGGGGUUGCUUGUAUGGAGAGGGAAUCGGCGCUUCGGAUUUUUGGAAGUGGCAUCGGUCGGCUUGUCGGAUCGCUGGAUCCAAAAUUAAACAAUCUAGCCUCUUCUUGCACAGUGGAAGACUACGAAGUGAUGUGUUAUCGUAAUGCCUUGGAAUCGAGUCAGGACUUCCAGCAACUGAUCGCUCAAAGGGACUACAUAAUGCGCCAAUGCAUACAGCAGGUACGAACGCGUACGAUCUGCCAACGAACGGAUUCCGGAACGCUACGGGGUUGCCUCUGUCAGGCCAGGGACAAUUUUGACAAGCAGAUCGUGCAAGCCAUGCUGAGCUGUGAGGCCCAGCGCAAGGCCCAGGAGCGCGAGCAGAAGAAGGCCGAGGUGCGCAAGCGGCUCGAGGAGUCCGGCAAGGCUGGCAAGAAGAAGAAGCAGGGUUUCUUGACGCCGGAAAGGAAGAAGAAGCUCAGGAAAUUGCUCAUGACCAAGGCGGCCGAGGACCUCAAGCAGCAGCAGUUGAAGAAGGAGCAGGAGCGACAAAAGUUCCUCGCCGAACGCACGGUCUCCCUCCCCAACAUCGACGGCACCGACGAUCACGCCACGCUCGAGAAGUACUACAACGAGCUGUUCUCCCGGUUGACCAAGCUGGAAGAGGAGAAGUACGACAUCCUUCAGAUCGUCCAAUCCGCCGAGGCCGAGAUCAACGAGCUGACGAUCAACGUCAACGAUCUCCGAGGCAAAUUCGUCAAGCCCACCCUGAAGAAGGUGUCGAAGUACGACAACCGCUUCAAGAAGCUCGCCGAGAUCAAGAAGACCGAGGGACAGGCUGACUUCCGGAAGGAGCUAAAGACGGUCAAGAAGGAAAACGUCUUCACGCAGUUGGCCAAUAAGAAGAAGGCCGACCAGAAGCCCGACUGGAAGGCCCAGAAGGCCGCCAAGAAGGCCGCCGACGAGAAGAAGGAGGAGCAGCCCAAGGAGGAGGAGGUGCCCGCCGAGGAACCCGCCGCCGAGGAGCCAGAAGAAGAAGAGGAGGAGGAGGACGAGGAGGAAGAGGAAGAG